GGCUUCGCUUUUCCGCUUCCCUGUCGUGUCAUUAAAGUGUCGCGAGGUGUAGUUGGUCUGGCCGAGGAAGGCUCUCUGCUCGGCCGGAACGAGCACCGGAGAGGAAGCGGGGUGAUACAGCUCUCGAGCCACCCUCUCUUCUCCUCCCAGUCUAUUCGGGUGAAUAACCCAAUCCGUUUUACCGCAGAAAGAGAAAAAGGGGAGUCAACCGACCCGUUCCCAUCCCCCACAGAGUGAGAGCUUCGCGAUCGGCCCCUUUGGGUGGGGAAGGAAGCAGCAGGGGGUCGGAAUCUCUCCGACUACGGCGUGCAGUGUGAUGAUCCAGGCCUCUGAGUGCUGAUCGUGAUCGCCUGCUUUGAAGGCACUUCAACAACUAAUAUUUUGUUAAAAAAAAAAAAAAAACCAACAACAAUAUUCCACUUUAUUUUUAAGCGGAUAUGAAGAGUGAGGUUCCCUCAGAUGCGCCGAAGAGACAGGAAAACCUAAAAGGGGUGCUCCUCAACCCAGAAUCUAUUGAGGCCUCCAAAAACUUUCCAGCUGAGGUGGAGAUGAUUGCAAGCAAAGUGGGAAAUGACUUUGCUCACUUAUGCAGUGACUCUAGCAAACAUCAAAGGGACUUAAGCAGUAGUGACACCAACCAAGAGAAAGGCCUUAUGAGGAAGAAGAGGAAAAGCCAGCAGGCUGGCCCAUCCUAUGCUCAGAGCUGCGAGGUUAAGGAAAAUCAGAGACUAGUAGAACUUCGGCUAGGACCUCACAGCAAUGAAGACAAUGAUUCUUCCUUCAGUGAUUGUGUAUCAUCCCCUUCAUCCAGUUCUCAUUUUGGUGAUUCUGACACUAUGACUUCUGACGAGGACAAGGACAGUCCUAGAAGAUACUCUUCAGCAGGAGGUAAUGCUGCAAACCGAACUCACAGUGCUAGGGCGCACAAAUGGCCCCGUGUUCAGAAUGACUCUGUUCCUGCUUUGCUAAUGAAGAGGCCUUGUUAUCAAGUUAGCACUCUACGGAGGUCUACACACCGUAAGAGACUUGUAAAGCAUGGCUCUGCCCAGAGGACACAGAAACAAAAAGAGAGGAUAUUAAUGCAAAGGAAGAAGAGGGAAGUGCUUGCCAGGCAGAAAUAUGCUUUACUCCCUAGUUCCAGCAGCUCCAGUGAGAAUGACAUCACUAGUGAAUCUGCCUCCAGCUCUUCCACUGAAGGUGAUGAGGAUAUAUUUGUGUCUCCUGGGGAAAACCACCAAAAUGGUACAACCGUCCCCACAGGCAGCAUCGAUGAGGAUGUUGUAGUCAUUGAGGCUUCCUCCACACCCCAAGUUCCUGCCAACGAAGAAAUCAACGUUACCUCAACUGACAGCGAGGUGGAGAUCGUGACUGUCGGUGAAACCUACAGAUCUCGCUCAACACUUGGACACUCUCGAUCUCAUUGGGGCCAAAGCUCAAACUCUCAGCCUGGAAGACCACAUGAGCAGAGGAGCCGUAGCAGGGUUUCCACCGUUAUCCAGCCCUUACGGCCGAAUGCAACUGAAGUUGUGGAUCUCACUGUAGAUGAAGAUGAUCCUGCAGUUGUGCCAACUACCUCUGUCAGAAUGGACUCCCAGACUGUCAAUACCGUUUCCAGUAAUACCUCUACCUCAGAGCAGGCCUCUGAUGCUGUUUCAGGUUCUUCUGCAGCUCAGACAUCCACUGUGCCUGAGACAACCUCAGCACCUAUGAAUAGCAGUGCUAUAGGUUCAACAGCAGAUGACAACAGGACGACUGCUUCAGGCUCUGCUGCAGAUGGAGGCCCCCCAGCUAUGCCGCGUUUGCCAUCUUGCUGCCCCCAACACUCGCCUUGUGGAGGAACAUCUCAAAAUCAUCAUGUGUUGGGUCAUCCCCACUCAAAUUGUUUUCCACCACACAGCCACCACUUUCCACAUCAUCACCAUCACCACCAUCAUCAUAGCAGCUCACAUCCAGCUGUUCCACUUUCACCUACUUUCACAGACUCUCACUGUCCUGUGGAGAGGACGGCCCCAGUGCCACCUCCCUGUGGAGCAACUGGUGCAUCUGGUUCAACCUACCAUGACCCACAAGCCUUACCAGUAGAUCUGAGCAACAAUGCUAUAAGGAGCCAUGGGAGUGUUAGCUUUCAUAGCACAUCAGCUUUUGACCCCUGCUGUCCAGGGUCUUCAUCUCGAUCUGCAGUUUUCGGACAUCAGUCAUCUGCAAGCACUGCACAACCCUUGCCAAUUGACGGAUAUGGUUCCAGCAUGGUAGCCCAAUCACAGCCACCUCCUCAGACCUCCCUUUCCUCCUGUCGGCAUUACGUACAUACUCCGUAUGGGCCUCUUGCAAGACCUCUGCACCAUCAAACGUCUGCUUGUCCUCACUCACAUGCCAAUCCACCUCCGCAGCCUCCACCACCUCCUCAGAUGGACUAUGUCAUUGCUCAUCCAGUGCAUACUUUUCAUGCAUCUCUGCCUAGUCUUACUUCUGCUCAUCCUGUGCCUCCACCGCCACCAUCCCAUCAACUGACCAAUGCUGCGGCCGCACCUCUCCCACAGCACCUCUCAACAUCUCACCAAACCAUGCCCCACCAUCUUACUGCUACUACACAGAGGUUGCACCCGCACGAUGUCAUCCAGAGGAUGGAAGUCCAGAGGCGACGCUUAAUGCAACAUCCAACGCGUGCCCAUGAACGACCACCACCACAUCCACAUCGGAUGCACCCGAACUAUGGACAUGGACACCAUAUUCAUGUGCCUCAAACAAUGUCUUCUCAUCCCCGCCAAGCUCCUGAGCGGUCAUCUUGGGAAAUAGCACUCGAAGCUGGAGUGGCUGCAUCCCCUUACCAAGCCGGUCCAUUGCACCCGCACCUAGCACACUACCACCCGCCUCCUAGGCUUCACCACUUGCAGAUCGGGGCCCUUCCAUUAAUGGUUCCAGACAUGGCGGGCUACCCUCACAUCCGCUACAUUUCAUCUGGAUUGGAUGGAAGGUCAUUCAGAGUUCCUUUCAGGGGCAAUUUUGAGGAGUUAAUUCACCUGGAAGAGCGGCUUGGAAAUGUGAAUCGUGGGGCUUCACAGGGGACCAUUGAAAGAUGCACAUACCCGCACAAAUAUAAAAAGGUAUCCACUGAUUGGUUCUCACAGCGGAAAUUGCACGGCAAACAAGAUGGUGAGGAAGCCACAGAGGAAGACACUGAAGAAAAAUGUACUAUUUGCCUUUCUAUAUUAGAGGAAGGUGAAGAUGUUAGACGCCUCCCAUGUAUGCAUCUUUUCCAUCAAGUGUGCGUGGAUCAGUGGCUGAUUACGAAUAAGAAGUGCCCUAUUUGUAGAGUGGACAUUGAAGCUCAGCUACCAACAGACAGUUGACAUUUCUGGAACCGGCAUUCUGCACCUUGUCCUCGGUACAACAGCCAACCAAAGAUGGCAUGACUUAACUGCACAGACAUGAACGCAUUAAACCCAAUGUGCUGGCUCUGCCUCACUAUACGAAUAAUACUAUAGACUACCAUUUGUAUACAGAUCAUAUUUAGGUCCUUUGCUGCUGGCAAGUUAAUUGUAGUAGGGAAGGGUAAUUGUAUUUAUAAUGCUUUUUCUCCCCAUUUUUUUAAAAAAAAAUUUACAGUUUGUUUUAGUAUAUAUGUAUUUUUGCAUGGAUUCUUGUAUUGCAUUUCUUUGCACAUAUGGGCUUUGUGAACCCUUAAACUUGCAGGCAAGAUCUAGCUGCUGUAGUCGGUAGAGUCGUGAGCGUGUGCGCCAGGUUUUUAAAUAGUCCCAGGCUAAGAGAACAUUUAAAUUUAUUCAUUACUAAAAGUGAAGUCCUUAAUUUAAUCGGUCGUGUAUUUUAGUUUUAAUGUAUAAAGAUUUAGAUUAAAAAAAAAAAAAAAAAAACACAAAAAAAAAA